GUCGCUACGCCUGCAGCAAAAUCGCCAUUACGAGAGCCCAUGAGAGAUGCAUUGUCAACCAGCAGGCCUGGUACUCCUGUUAGCGAGAGGAGACAUUUGAGAUCGAAGAGCACGGAACGCAGAUUUAUGAUUUAAGGAGUAGGCUGAGGAGUGUUUUGGAUACCCGCCUGGGACAUCAGACCCACGGCAUGGCACGGCAUGGCACGGCGGGCAGGACAUGGCACGGCGAGGCAUGGCGGGCGGGCAGGGCAGGGCAGGGCAGGGCAUGAAAGGCGUACGAAAGUACAAGAAAAGGCGGCGCAUAGCCAUGGAGUCGGGAGGCAGGCUUUGCUUUCGAGCGGGACGGGAAGGAGCUUUCUCAUGCUUGGGUAGCAUCCUCGGGCUAUCGUUGUGCUCGUGCAAAUGAAAAUAUCAGCAUUUCAGGUGCUGGCGAUGCGAUGCGAUGCGAUGCGAUGCCACCCUUUACGCUCUUGUUCACCGAACUUGCGGUUGUGUCGAACCUGGAAGGGACGUCGACGCCCGCGCCUUCCUUCGUGCCUGGCGACGCGUGAAAGCUCCACUCUGACGGCCUGCCGAGUCUACACUUCACACUUCUGCAUUUGUGCUCUUCUCUCCUUCUCCCCUUCUCCCGCCGACCAUCUUCCAGCCUCCAUCACCAUGACCGACCAGCACAUCUUCGACCAGCUGGACAUGCUGGAGCGUGGUGCCCGCGACCUGCCGACUGCGCGGAGUCGGUAUGGUGCAAGUGGCGGCAGCGAACAGCACCCACGCGAAAACUACACUCAUCAGAAUACUGGCCCGUGGGACGAUGCAUAUCGCCAGCAGCAGGACGACUUCAUAGACCAACCUAUACAGCUUGAUUCGUUUGCUCCAAUCGCCCAAGGCAUCAGACUCAUUCCUACACGUCAAUUGCCCGACCGCUUUCGCGCCAUCUUUCCUUUCCCAUUACUAAAUGCAGUGCAAUCGAAAUGCUUUCCCGUCAUCUACAAGACCAACGACAACUUUGUUCUUUCAUCUCCCACUGGCAGCGGCAAAACAGCAAUCCUGGAGCUUGCAAUCUGUCGCUUGAUCAACGGCUACUCCAACGGCACCUUUAAGAUCGUCUAUCAAGCACCAACCAAGUCGUUGUGUGCGGAGCGCCAGCGAGACUGGCAGGCCAAAUUCGGCCCUCUGGACUUGCAAUGCGCCGAGUUGACCGGUGAUACCGACAAUGCUCAGCUUCGCAACGUUCAGCAUGCCAGCAUUAUCAUUACAACGCCAGAGAAGUGGGACAGCAUGACACGGAAAUGGAAAGAUCACCAAAAGCUGAUGCAAAUGGUCAAGCUGUUCCUGAUUGACGAGGUUCACAUUCUGAAAGAGGAUCGCGGGCCUACACUUGAGGCCGUCGUGUCACGAAUGAAGUCGGUUGGCUCCGAUGUGCGCUUCGUCGCCCUCAGUGCGACUGUGCCGAACUCACAAGAUAUCGCGACAUGGCUGGGCAAGGACGCCAUGAAUCCAGGUAUACCAGCACCACGAGAGAGGUUUGGCGAAGAGUUCCGCCCGGUCAGACUGCAAAGGCAUGUCUGCGCGUAUCAAUAUAGCUCCAACGACUUUGCUUUUGAUAAAGUCUUGGACAACAAGCUACCCGAUAUUAUCGCAAAAUACUCUCAACGCAAGCCAAUCAUGAUAUUUUGCGCCACCAGGAAGUCCUGCGUCGAGACCGCGAAGCUACUAGCAACUUGGUGGUCCAACGCUGGUCCUCGAGAUCGCUACUGGAAUGCUCCACGAGGCCGGGUACAAAUUACGGAUAAGGAUUUGCGCGAACGAGUGACGUCGGGAGUUGCUUUUCACCACGCUGGGCUUACUACAGAAGACCGCACCGCAGUUGAGAAAGGCUAUCUUGGGGGUGAAAUCGGUGUUAUCUGCUGCACAUCGACACUUGCUGUUGGGGUCAACCUCCCUUGCCAUAUGGUGAUCAUCAAGAACACGGUAACCUACACCCAAGGAAAUGGUAUGAAGGAGUAUUCUGACCUGGAGGUAAUGCAAAUGCUGGGACGAGCUGGCAGACCACAAUUCGAUGACAGUGCCGUGGCGGUCAUCAUGACUCGCUUGCAGAAACAAGAGACCUACGAGAAGAUGAUCUCAGGAUCUGAGGUACUGGAAAGCCGCUUGCACCUGAAUCUGAUUGAGCAUCUCAAUGCCGAGAUUGGUUUGGGAACAGUCAGUAACCUCUCCUCUGCCAAACAGUGGCUCGCAGGCACAUUCCUAUACGUGCGCCUCAAGAACAAUCCAGAGCACUACGAGAUUGAAGGUGAUGCACCCGGCGGCAGUAUCGAUGAGCGCUUAGAGAAGAUCUGCCGCGAAGGCAUCACGCAGCUUGAAGACAAUGACUUGAUCAAAGGUGUCAUCAAGUACCAGUGCACUGAGUUCGGCGACUCGAUGUCGCGAUACUAUAUCCAAUUCGAAACCAUGAAGAGCCUCCUUGCACUUCCCUCGAAGGCCAAAAUCUCCGAGAUUUUGUCGACCAUGGCACAGGCGGCCGAGUUCAAGGAUGUGCGCUUUCGAGCAGGCGAGAAGCCAACCUACAAGGAAUUGAAUAAGAACAACAGCAUAAAGUUUCCAAUUCCUGGAGCUCUAGAACAUUCAGCUUGCAAGGUGUCUCUGAUCAUUCAGUCCGUUCUCGGGGCUGUCGAGCUACCGACCGAGGACACCAAACAUACCAUGGAGUAUCGUACAAGCAAGGCCAUCAUUUGGCAGCACGCUCAUCGUCUGAUCCGGUGUAUCAUUGACUGCCAACUCUAUCUUGAUGAUGCAGUCACGGCACGCAACGCAUUGAUGCUUGCUCGUUCUCUGGCUGGUCAGGCGUGGGAUGAUUCACCUUUGCAUAUGAAACAGCUAGAAGGCAUAGGCAAUGUCUUUGUUCGGAAGCUCGUCGGAGCAGGCAUCAGAUCAAUCGUGGACCUUGAGAGUAUCGAAGCAUACCGCAUCGAGCAGAUACUGAGUCGCAACCCGCCCUUCGGAGCCCAGAUUCAGGAGCAAGCGCAGGCCUUCCCUCGACUUCGCAUCGGUCUCAAGAUUGUGGGCGAGCAUAUCGUCAAGAAAGGCGAGCACGUUACUGUGAAGGUCAAGGCAGAGAUUGGUUUCUUGAACGAAAAAGUGCCGCUGGCUUUCCAACGCAAGCCGAUCUAUGUCUGCCUCCUAGCCGACACCUCUGAUGGCCAUAAGCUGCACUUCGCUCGAAUCAGCGCCAAGAAGAUGGAGAAGGGCAUGGACGUGCUUUUCAGUGCCAAUCUGACAUCUCAGGGUCAAGUGAUCCGAGCAUUUCUCAUGUGCGACGACAUCGCAGGCACGCAGCAAAGUGCUAUGCUCAAGCCCGAGAUACCAUCAUACUCAUUUCCAACGCCGAAGAUGCUCGAAGACUCCCAGGACCGUUCUCAGGGCAAGAUCAAUGCGCCGAACACCUCGAAGCGUCGGCUUGCUGCAGCCGGUGCUCAAAUAGCCGCAAAUGAUGAAGAAUUUGGUGAUAAUAAGGCAACAUCGCCGUCGAAGGACAAUGUCGAGCACUAUGAAGCUCGUCAGCUACCAAAUGGCAGGUGGCAAUGCAAUCACAAAUGCAAGAAGAAGUGCAAGCACGAAUGCUGCGAGAAAGGCCUGGAGAAGAAGCCGAAGCCGCCUAAGCCAAAGGAGCCAAAGAAGACAUCAGCUGUGUCUGAGCCACGUCAAACUCAACUUGAUCUGAUCGCAAGCAAGAAGAAUACGGCAUCAGCUGCUCAAGCUCCAUCCUCUAUCGCUCCACCACGCAAGCCAAGUGUCCCCAAAGAAGCCCGCGAUCUCGAAAAGCUGCACGACAAGAUUCCAAACUCCACGCCUAAUGUCCCACUCCUGAACAAGUCCAAGCCGGCAACACUUCAAAGCACUCGACUACCAAGUUUCUUGGCCAAACCCAAUAAUAAUCACGACGACCUCGACGACGACUUUGGACUCAACGACCUCCGCUCAGACGAUUUCCCAACAGAUUCCGAACUUCUCCCAACCGAACCAGUCUCUCACAUGAGCCCAUCCACUCACGCCGGUCCCAACUCGAACGAUGACGAAGAUCUCAACGACGAAGAAAUGCUCGACGACCUAGAAGACGACGCCUUCAACUUGAAUGCCGAUGCAGCAGAAAUCACACCUCAACAAGAUCAGAACGACAACGACCGCCCCUCCCCCCUCUCCUCCCUCGAAUACGAAAUCCAAGCCAGCAAGCAGAAAUCCAUCUUCAUCACAGGCGAAAGCACAGAUAGUAUCGAGAACGAAACAACAAAACACAAACUCGACGAUACGGGAAGUCUCUUCUUCCAAGGACCUCCUGUGGCGAAGAAAGUGAAGAGAAGUCCUUCCGUUCACGACGACUUCCCGCAAACGCUCGAAAGCACCACCAAGCCGGAAGAAGAGAAAGAAGAGGAUUUGAAAGCGUGGUUUGAAAGGGAAUUUGGGACGGAGUAUUUUAACUAUGUCGGAUGA